AUGCUGUAUCCAUCACAUCGUCACCCCAUCGUAUCCGAUAUUGUAUGCUUUAACUCGCCUUUGACCGGAAUUGCGCGUUGGGAGUCGAGUAAUGGUCGCAUUGAAUGGCUUGAUGUCGAACGAGGCAUAGCUAAAUUGGCACAUCCGGGACCCACUCAUGUCACUGUAAAAGGCGCUGAGCAAAAAUUGACAAACUCGCUGUCCAUUGCACCUGCACAAAGCCUAAGUUUUGCUAAGGAUCUUCCAAAUGUGGUUUCGAACGCGGAAGGAUCUUCUUACCUGUUCCCGGUAAUUAUCGGUAGCAACGAAACCUCGUCGUCUCACGAAGCUGCUGCAGGCUGCACAGAAGAGCAGCUCUCAGCGCUUUCUACCAUUCGUGCGCCCUUCGACUGCACAACCGCCUUCACUUGUAAUAAAAUGGGUCCAGCUGUAAAUAUUCUAUCUGCGAAAGCGGUUUUCGUUCCCAAAAUUGGAUCCUAUGCGUGCGUGGUCGAACGACAAGAAGCGGGUCAAGUUCAUAUGGAUAUCGCUGGAGCUAACCAAGUGGAUCUCAAUAUAAUUGCGAAAUGGACAGGAGAUACGCAAAUCAAAAAUGCUGUUGCGAGCACAGUAUUCCAUAUGGCUAUGAGAGUUCUGGAGUCGGAGAUCCAGUUAUCGGAUAUGGAUAAAAAAUCGGCCGUCUUGUCCAUACAAGUGCCAUCAUAUCAACACCGCAGUGUGAAUGCAAAUGGAUGUCCUGGUGAUAUCGUCACCGUGGCGGAGACCCGCCAUCCAUCUGGAGCUAAUAAUGGAGCAAACAAGUUUUUCUUGAUCAAGGCUAGUGGUUUAUGUUGUUGCAAAUGGCAAUAG